CUUGGAUAUUUGAAAUUGAAAAAAAGACAAAAAAAAUUAAAAAUUUCAUUCUUCUUUUCUCUUGAAUUCUAUGAUUGAGAAUUAUGCAUUCAAUAGCUAUCAAUAACGAAGUUGCAGAAAAACGCAAUCGUAUACAUCCUAGUCCUUUAAUCAAACGGCCUAACUUAUCGAUUGAUACAGACACCAAAACUACUGCACUAAAGAAGAACGCAUUUCAGCAGUUUUUUUCUCCAAAAGACAAAUCUGUCACUGAUAUCAAAAGCAGCAGCUCACCUAAAAGGCCGCUCGAGAAUAUUAGAAAAUACAAAAGCUUACCAGCUCUUCCUGUUCAUGGAAAGAACUCACAGCAUCAUCAUUCGUCAUCUAUUAACUUGAAUUCGAUUCUGCCAAAGUUGACAGGUAGUCCAUUGUCAUCUAUCAGCAGUCAUGACAGUAGUACGGAAAAGCUCUCUGAAAAGAGUGACUCAGAAAGACCUAAAAUACAUAGCAGCAACAAUACUGGUAGUCAGGUCUUUAAAAAAUUUCAUAUGCCUCACUUCUCCAAGCGCACAAAUACAGCAUCGUUUAUUCAAGAUACCCUAUCCCAGUACCAACCAAUAAUACCUGAACCUAUCAUGCCUACAUUAGUGAAUUGGUCACCUGAAGUUCCUAUUUCACUACCACCUUGGGAACUUGACGAUAACAGUAAGCGACAUUCCAUUGCUUUUCAGCAAACAUCCGCUUUUGUAGAAGAACCCUCAGUAUUGGAAGAUCAUGAAUCAUUCUCUACUAUAGGGUCUCAUUCAGACUCAGAAAUCUUUGAUCACAACAAUAGAACAAGUCCCUCAACAACAGAAUCAUCCGAUGUCACUAGUCUCUCUACUCAAAGUUCUCAUGAUAUCAAUGAUACCUUUUCACUUCCAGUGAUUCGUCGUCGUUCGAGCUGCCCUAUUUUUGAUCGGUCUUCCUCUUCUUUUAGUUCAAGCUCAUCCAAAACAUUGGUAGAGAAUGAUAUUAUUGCCAUUACAGAAUUCCAUACUCGAAACAUGUCUAUUCUCAGAAGGUACCGACAUCCAGUUGAAAAGAAAUCAGCAUUUAAGCCAUGCCAAAGAGCGAAAGCAAGAGCAGCAGAAGCAGCAUCUAACGGUGAACUGAUGACACAUACAAACUCAUUUUUUGAUUCACUGUGUGAAGACACACUAAAAUACCUGUAUAUACCUAAUGUAUUUGAUCCUGUCACAAGAGAACCUAUUGUUGAGUUUGCAUUGAUCAAGCCUCGCAAAUAUCAACUUUAUCGCAAGACAAAUUGGAAGCGUGAAGCAAAAGCCAUCAUGACAUGGCAUCAUGUUUUAGAAGAGCGUUUACGUAACCUUUUGCCUUUUUUGACAGCUCCAGUCGAUAUGCCAAUGGAUAAAGCCGAACGAUCCCUGCUAACCCGAAAAUUUAUAUUACGAGAGUUUUUUUUGACAGAAGUCAAUUUCUGGAACCAAUUGUACUACACAAAAAUCGUAUUUUAUGAUUUCUUGAUUUUCGCUUUUGAGAAUGGCUCUCCGUUUACUAAACCAAGCCAUGCCGAUAUUUUUGCCAACCUUUUUGAUCUAAUGCAAUUCUCGGCGAAACUAAUAAACCGUAUCCGACAUCUUCAAAUCCGAAAUGUCCAAGAAUUUGAUCCUCGUACGAUUACUGAAGACGACAUUCAAAACAAUACCAAGGGGAUUGAAUGUAAUGCUUCUCGCCUAGGAAGAACUUUGGUGGAAAUGUCUGAAGAUCUUGUCGUCUUUUUGCGCUGUGCUAUAGACUACAGAGGCAAUCGAAAGCUAUUGGAUAGCAUCGAAGGCAACAAUAAAGCCUAUAGUAAAUUCCGACAGAAAUUAAGCUCUCGUAAAGAAACAAGCCAGUUCACUCUAAAAGACUAUUUAAUUAUUCCAAUUCAACGUGUUGCCCGAUACGGUUUAUUAUUAGCCGAUCUUUUGAAGCAUACCACGCCGACACAUCCUGACUAUUUGGAUCUGAUUAAAGCUUACCACAUUGUUACAAGCCUUGCUUCUGCUAUGGACUUAGCACAAAAGAAAAAGAAGGAAUAUUAAAACUUAAUUCUAAUUGUAAAUAUUUACCUCAAUUUAUUAUAUCCUACUGUUAAUUUCAAAUAAACCAAAUUCGAGAAAGAAAGCGUCUUUAUAACAUGC